CAUUAUCCGUCGAAAAAUUGGAAUUUGUAAAUAUUUUGGGAUUUGAUCUGAUCGCGCAUUGUCAGAGCUGUCUGGAUCACACAACACUAUUAACAGUAGAACUGCUCAGCUGUUUUUCGUGGGGGUUCGUUUCGCGGGACACUACUGUCAAGUGCGUAUCGUCACUCCCACAUGACGCUCUUGUGAUGUGGAUAUGCGAGCACCGUCUGAAUGAAUGAAGUAAAGUAGUGAACGAAACCGGCUUUCCUCAUAGAAUCUCAUCAAAAUUCGCUUGUAUACUAACUGCGCAACCUUGGCAUGCCUCACUCUCGCACUCACACGUGCAAGUUCGUUCCAGAAUAUAUUAAAUAUCUAUACGCAGCAUUAAACUUCCCUCUGAGAAUCCGGGUACCAUGACAGAUACCAAUGUUGAGACCUCACACAACCCUGACUUAGGUGAUUCUCCCGCGGUACAGCAACCUGUCGCCGGACAGGUGGAAGUUGACCCGAGCACAAAUACGAGCACUGCUGCUGACACGUCUGGUGGCGUUGCUUCUACUGUGCCACCGAUUGAUCCCGGAGAACAAAUGGGCGCUACCGAAACCGGCAUAAUGGGCAAUAAAGAAACUACCACGAAUUUGCCCCCAGAGCCAGAGGUGGACUAUGGGAGUUCCAGUUCUCAGCCUGAAGACACUGAUGAAGCCGAAAGGCGGGCUUCUGCGCCUGGACUUAGACUGGUAAGCGGUGCUAUACCUACGACUGAGGCGGCGGUGGCUGACGUAGUGUUCGACCCUGAGGGUAAGCUGAAGAUGCCGACGGAACAAGAUACUGGCAUAGUGAAGGAAGCCAUCAAGGAGGAUCUGCAUCGAUUGAGAACUGGUAAACAGCAGCAGCCUACCAUCCCCGAGUCAUCUCAAGAGCUUGAGGCUGCACAGGGAGAUGCAGCUAAAGGUGCUGAGAGUGGCCAGUCUGACAGUGCGCAUGAAAGCUUCAAUAAAAAAUCAUGGCUGACUGGUAUCAAAGAUAAAGUAUUCCCCAAAAAGCACCCAACAGCUGCAAAGCAGAAGGAAGGUGAAGGGAAAAAACCAGAAGAAACACUUCCAACUCCGACUGAGACUCAACAAGAGCCUAAGAAAACGUCACACGAUCAAUCUUCAAAUGGAUCAGGCAAGGCACACAAACCAAACCUGUUGGAAAAAAUCGGUUCUUCUUUCAAGCCUAAGGAGAAAGAGAGAAAAACCGAAGCUCCACAUGUGGAGCCCGUGCCUGUGACCGACGAGGUCGUCACCACAGAUUUGGCAAAAGCCAGUUAA